UUAUUUUCAGACUUUAUUUUCUUGUAUGUGCCCCUUGGUUACCAUAGCAACGUUUCCUUCCCCAAAUUGUGCUUUCCCGCAGGUGAUGGAAGGUCUUCCUUUUCUGACGUAGGCACAAGAGAGCGUGCAUAGUGUGUCGUGUGUUUUAUCUGUCUACAGAUGAUUGCGGAUUGCUGGGGGCAAGACCACAAAACAUUGAUAAUGCCAGUCUCAAAUGGAGAUGUGUGCGGAGUGCCUUGUAGCCACAGGGCAAGACUGUGUCACAUUCAUUUGUGGUGACCAGAAGUGGGGUUGGAGAAGAAUGUGUUUGGUCCUAUCAAGUGAAGUGUCCUUACCUUUUCCUCUCGUGGUGGAAUAAGAGUCCAAGCUUGUAUGCAUCAUAUAGACAUGAAUGUCCUCAUCAGGAAACUCUCAGGAUAUGUCUACACCACAGUAACGUAAAGAGGAAGUGUUCUUCUGAACCACAUUUGUCUGUUUUCCGAUUUAUGCUAUGCACUUCUUUUAGACUUUGGUUUUGAGUUUUCAAUUAGGUUUUAGUUUUCAAAUUGAAUGAAGGCAACUUUUUUUAAUGCAACAUUUCAGAAAUUGUUGUCAUUUGUUGUCAGGCUAGAUGAGUUUCACUGUGUUGGCUUUUUUGAAGGUGUCAGGGUUGACGUCAGUCAGGAAGCAGAAGUUCCCUUAUUCUGUCUGUUCACUUCUGUCGCUCUGAAGGUAAGAUUAUUCUAAAAUACUUUUGUUGUUACUCCACUGAAGAGGACUGCAACACAAAGAAAUACAUGCUCAGAAAAGCUGAACUCAAGUUUUGGUUAGGAGAGUUUGACAGACUCAUGGUCAAAGUGCAUCUCAUUCAUGUUAGUGUUUUGUCAGAAUGUGUUUCUUUUCAGUUUUCUUUUAUAUUUUGUCUGUUUAGGGACAUAAGUAGAGGAAGUGUCACAGCUAAAUACAGACAGUAGCAGUGCUGGAUGUUAUACAUGUGCAAGGGUCACCAACUUUGACUAGAAUGUUGUGUUCAGUGAAAACGAAAGUAAACUAAGAGCAAAGGAAGUGAGUUUAGCAAACCAGACAAGAACUGUUUGAACUAUUUAAAGUUAACCAAUCUCAGAAGCUGCACUACGAAAAAUGUCUUGUUCAGGAAGAGAAAGAUGGAGGGAAACGUGUUUGACUCACAGCAGGAGGAGAAAGACACCAUUGACAGUUUUCACGGGGAGAAGAGAAAGAUCAUUCAACCCUCAUCUUUGCAAGACCCCAAACUUGAAAAAUUGAAAGAGGUCUUGGUUGAUUGGAUCAACAGUUCUUUAAAGCACGAGCACAUUGUGGUCCAACAUCUAGAAGAAGACAUAUUUGAUGGGCUGGUGAUUCAUCAUCUCUUGGUCAGGCUAGCAGGGGUGCAGCUGCCCGUGGAUGAGAUAGCUGUGACGAGCGCUGCUCAGAUCCACAAGCUGGAGAUCAUUCUGGAAGCUCUCAACAAGAGGCUAGAACUCAAGGAGAGCACCAUCAAGUGGAGCGUCAAACUCAUCCACAGCAGAGACCUCCUGGCCACUCUUCAUCUGCUGGUUGCCAUGGUGAAGUGUUUUCAGCCCGAUCUAGAUUUGCCUUCGAAUGUGAGUGUGGAAGUUGUUCUGGUUGAGGUCAGCAGAAGUGGAAUCAAGUCUGACGUACAAAUAGAGUUCCUGACCAAAGAAAGUGAUGCAAUAGACUCCCUGAGUAGUUCUAACAGAGAACAUCCUAUUGAUCAGCUGCUUCAGCUAGACCCACACAAAGUCCACACAGUGAAAAAGGCCAUUCUGCACUUUGUCAACCAGAACUUGUCCUCCCUGGGCCUGCAGGUGAUCGACUUGGAGAAACAGUUUGCAGAUGGUGUGAUCCUUCUGCUGCUGAUUGGGCAGUUAGAGGGGUUCUUCCUCCCCAUCUGUAACUUUCACCUCACCCCCGUGAGCCACACUGAGAUGCUUCACAAUGUCACGUUAGCCCUGGACCUCCUCAAUGACCUGGAGCUGGAGGUGUCCAACGUUGACCCACAAGACAUCAUCUCCCAGGAUGCAUCAGCCACCUUGAGGGUCCUGUAUGGCCUAUUUAAGAGGCACAAAGCCAAGUGAGCACGAAGCGUGGCUAGGGGGAAGGAGAUGAUGAGUAGAUGUCUGAAAAGUCUCCUGCGAAGCCUUGGAUUCCCUGCCUCAACCACCCAUUACAUACCAUGUUGGAGAAGUUAAACCUUGACUCACCUUUGAUGUUAAAACCACAGCAUCAUAGGUUAAUCGGCAUAUAUUUCUCAAUACAUCGUUUUGUAAUAUAAAUGGCUUACAUUGUGUGAAUACAUCCUUUUAAUGAUGUGCUGUAAUUGCAAUGACUUCAACCUUGUAUCCCUGCGAUAAUUUAAAUACAUUAUUACUAGACUGCUAGAUGAGUUUCUGAUAGUCUAGGGUAGGAUACAAUUGUGUUGUACUUUUAUUUCUUUAUUGAAACAGUUGCUCAUUACAGCUCAAUGUCACAAGUCGGACAGCAAGCUGUGUUGGGCGUUGCUGUGGAGCCUCCUGUUCAUCAUGUAAAUGGCUUGAUUCAGCAGACAGCUUAAGUGUCCUGUCAGGUCAGCUGAAUGGGCUUUCUUCACUCGCCGUUUUGUAUCGACCUUCCAAUUUACUACUCCUUCAACUCUGUGUCCCAUAUGGUUGUCUGCCACAUCUCCCAUUUGCAGUUGUCGACAUUUGAAAUCAAGCAUCCAGUUUAAUGUCAGUCAGAUGUUGUGAUCCAAAACCCCCUGUCACAGGUAGUUUAAUAGACACAUCUUCAAUCUGGCAGCACUAAAAGCCAAUGUCGAUGAGUAUUUUAUGAUGUUCUGUAGAAUUGGUUAAAGGCUGUAAAUCAGGUAUAAAGAGCUGGAAAAAAACAGUAUUUUCUUGCAGAAUUCCAAUGUACUUGUAACUCUACUUGUUACAAAUUGAAAAAUAAACUUGAAAC